UAUUACAGUAACCUAAGUGUUCUAACUAAAAUGUUUUCCAUUUCCAUUAUAGGUGACGAAAAGCCAAAAUGGUUUGGAAGUUUGUUUGGACUAUUAACAGAGAGCAAGCUGUCUGAUGUCAUAGGUACAUGCAUACUAGGCCCAUGUGUGAUCUCCACUGGUGGCAAUGUGACCCGGCUACAGUGGGAGGACUUAAAACGGACACUAACCUUUGCUUGGGAGCUCCAUGUGUACGGCUCAGCCGUCCUGUUUCUGUUAGCGGUCAUAGCUGCAACUUUCGGAGUGAUCAGUGGGGCUAAUAGGCGCUAUCCGUUUUGCGAGGCCUUCACCCUUGCUAACAUCUUGCUUCUGCUAGCAGGUCUGCUUCGAUUCGUACAGUUCAUAAUUGACCCGUAUGGCUCCAGAAACAUUCUGCCUCGCCCUGUCCUCACUGCUUUGUAUAACUUACCUGUUCCCUUAUUGCUCUGGGCCCAAGCCACAUUGGCAGUUCUUGCUCUGAGAGAAGAAACAUCACCUCAGCGGCUCUCGGUGACUGGGGGGCUGGCAGCAGUGCAUUGUACCUCCCUCAUGUUGGCUGACCUGCUAUCCAAAACCUUGUCGCCAGCGCUGCCAUUAAUGCUACAGACACUUACCAUUUGUUGGGGGUUACCGCUUUGUUUAGGAAUCUUUUUCCAGUCUCUAAAGCGACUCUACUCUUCCCACAGGACCCCACUACCAAGGUGGAGUGCUCCCAAGCGCUUAGAAAACAGUGUCAGGCGUGUGCUGUUGCUGUGCGCACUCCUUGGAGUGCUUUCCUGUGCUCUGCAAAUCUAUAGUUUUCUCUGGUUGUACGGGUUACUUGGUGACUGGCGCAGAUUUGGGUGGGGCUGGUGGCUCGGGCAGCUCUCUGCACGAUUGCUUGAGCUGGCCUGGAGUUUCUCUCUUCUGCUACUGGGAUCUCGGGUGUUCUGGAGACCGCAAAGAAGUAAGCACGCAGGGAAGAGGAAGCUGGUGUUAUGCUGGAACAGGCUGUUGGACAGGUUACCAAUGGGGCCUUGGAGGAGAACAGAUAGGUACUGGGCUGAACUGUUGCCAAACAACUUGAAAGGUCACAAGCAGUCCCGUGCAAAUGUCACCCAGUCGGUCAUCCGAAGCCAAGCAACUCCAGCGACCUCGAUAAUGACCGUGCAUGACAAUGCAGCAGUUAUUGGUGGAGGCGUCCUAUACAGUAGCAGUUAUGACCACCACGCCUCUCCACUGUGGACUAGUGGUGUGGAAUGGCAAGAUCACGAGUGCUUUCUUUCACUUAUCGAGUUUGACCUUCGCCCCCCUUCACCCGUCAAUCUCCAUCACAGCAUUGACAAGGCUCUCCAUCAUGCCCACUUGCUUGGCGUAGGUACCCUUUUCACCCCUUCUGCACCCUCCUGGACACAAAAUGAAGGAUCGUGUGGGCGGCUCUGUGAUAAUGUUGUAUCAAGUUCCACCCAAACUGCCAACAAAGCCUAUAGGUGGGCUUUAGAUAACGACUUGAGUCCUAACUCCCCUCAAGAUCUUGGCACUGGAGUACAACAGACCCAAGUGUCUGUGAUUGAGCCUCUGGCUUCCUUAACUCCAGAGACUGUUAGAAAAGUAUGGGAGAGAGAUACAACCAUCCCAAGAGUCACUGUGAAAGAUGACGGGAUCAGCAUAGCAAGUGAAGAUGACAUCACUAGUCUUUGA